UACGCGUGUGUCAGCCUUCUCUGAAGGUUUCACCAACUGACAGCCGGCUGCUAAGCGAGUUAGCCAACUGCGAAGAGGAGUUUUAACGGGUUCACAGUCAGAGCCGCGUAGUAUCAGACGAUAUCUAGAUUAUCUAGAGCUCGGUGUUUGUGUGCGGACUCUGGCUGGCUGUUUUAGUUUUGCCCACGUCAGCUGGAGAGGGAGUCCUCCCUGUAUGACUGUAGUGUGUGGCUAGCUAGCGAAAGAGGAGGAGGGUGGGGACAAAAAAACUUCCCAAGACCUCGCCCAGCCGUUGCUUCAUUCCAGCAGGCAGCUACUUCUGUUGACGGUGUGAGAGAGCCACACCACUAAAACCAGCUAAUUAUACGAAGGGGAGGCCGGCACAUUCGUGUCAACUAAGGGCAAAAAUCAGUAACCAUGUUCAGAAAAAACAUGAAGAAGGACCCGGAGCUGUUCCAGAACGUGUCGGAGGGGCUACGGCGGCUCUACCGGACCAAACUGUUCCCGCUGGAGGACACGUAUCGAUUCCACGACUUCCACUCGCCUGCCCUCGAAGAUGCCGACUUCGACAACAAGCCCAUGCUGCUCCUGGUGGGUCAGUACUCCACCGGGAAGACUACUUUCAUCCGGCACCUCAUGGAACAGGACUUCCCCGGUAUGCGGAUUGGCCCCGAGCCGACCACGGACUCUUUCAUCGCCGUGAUGCACGGUGAACAGGAGGGGGUGGUGCCGGGUAAUGCUCUGGUUGUCGACCCCAAGAAGCCCUUCCGUAAACUCAACGCCUUUGGCAACGCGUUCCUCAACAGGUUCAUGUGUGCCCAGAUGCCUAACCCUGUCCUGGAGAGCAUCAGUAUCAUUGAUACUCCUGGAAUCCUGUCCGGGGAGAAACAGAGGAUAAGCAGAGGUUACGAUUUCGCCGCUGUGCUGGAGUGGUUCGCAGAGCGCGUGGAUCGCAUCAUCCUCCUGUUCGACGCCCACAAGCUCGAUAUCUCAGACGAGUUCUCCGAGGUGAUCCGAGCUCUGAAGAACCAUGAGGACAAAAUGCGCGUGGUGCUCAACAAGGCAGACCAGAUCAGCACUCAGCAGCUGAUGAGGGUCUACGGAGCGCUGAUGUGGUCUUUGGGAAAAAUCAUUAAUACGCCCGAGGUGGUGCGCGUGUACAUCGGGUCAUUCUGGGCCCAGCCCCUGUUGGUACCAGACAACAGGAAGUUGUUUGAGGCAGAGGAGCAGGACCUCUUCUUGGACAUCCAGUCGUUGCCUCGUAAUGCAGCACUACGCAAACUCAAUGACCUCAUCAAACGAGCUCGACUCGCUAAGGUGCAAGCAUACAUCAUCAGCUCUCUGAAAAAGGAAAUGCCGAGUAUGUUUGGAAAGGACUCCAAGAAGAAGGAGCUGAUAGCCAACCUGGGAGAGAUCUACCAUAAGAUCGAGAAGGAGCACCAGAUCUCACCUGGAGACUUCCCCAACCUCGCCAAGAUGCAGGAGCUGCUGAAUGGCCAGGACUUCUCUAAGUUCCAGGCACUGAAGCCCAAGCUGCUGGAGGCGGUGGAGGACAUGCUCGCCAACGACAUCGCCCGUCUCAUGGCCAUGGUGCGCCAGGAAGAGGCCACCAUGCCCAGCCAGUCCGUCAAGGGAGGAGCCUUCGAGGGAACCAUGACUGGUCCCUUCGGUCACGGCUAUGGCGAGGGCGCCAGCGAAGGCAUUGACGAGAUGGAGUGGGUGGUGGGUCGCGACAAGCCUUCAUACGAUGAGAUCUUCUACACCCUCUCUCCCAUCAACGGCAAAGUGUCGGGCAACGCAGUCAAGAAGGAGAUGCUGAAGUCCAAGCUGCCCAAUACGGUCUUGGGAAAGAUCUGGAAGCUAGCAGAUGUGGAUCGUGAUGGCUAUCUGGAUGACGAGGAGUUCGCCCUAGCCAACCACCUCAUCAAGGUGAAGCUGGAGGGCCACGAGCUGCCGCCCACGCUGCCUGACCACCUGGUGCCCCCGUCCAAACGCGGAAUGGUCUCGGAGGACUAGAGGAAGGCGGAGCAGCCUGUGGAGACCAGCAGUGUCGACGCUUAUCGUCAUGUUCAGGACUCUUCAGACAGAAGUCCAACCACAAGCACCAACAGCAUCAUCGUCCAUCAAAGCUGCAAGUCUCCAGGCUUCCUGACGCAUCACGAGGAAACGAUGCUGUGAUCUUAUUCACCAGAGAGAGACUGGAGGGGUUCGGGGGGAGGUGGGAGGGAGGGGAAGUCCAUCUUUGUGCAUUAGGGGUUAAUCUAUUAGAAAUAAUUGAAUAAAUAACGGGGGGGGGGCUGAUUUGAAAACUGAUGAAAGGACUCUACUGGAUCAUGAGCUGAGGGGUAGUUGGAGGUAGCAUGAUGGGACUGAACAUGGAUUUGUGCACCCUGUGUAAAAGAUGUCUUAUGAAUAUACAGUCCAUAUUAUUAUAUGUUGAUCCAAAGAAAUAUAGUUUUUUUUUCCCCAUUUGGAGAGAGAAAGAGGAAAUAAAUCAAAACAGCUGUUAGAAUUGCUUUAUCUAUAUUUUUGUAUUUCCUGACUGUUAACUUUGACUCUUUCCAAAUGCUUCCCUUUUUAUUAUUUUGCCAGAUAAAUAAAAAGGAAUAUUGUACCACCUGGA